AAAUAGAGGUAGUAAUUCGCCUAUGCUACCAAUCGUCUAAAACAUGCUCAUUCACUCUCCGCCACAAACAGAUUUAGGAGUCGAAUGGCCAAUGAAAAACUUGUCCUCCCAUUUUCCCCUCCAAAAUUCACAAAUAAUCUCAAAUCCAAAACAAGAACUACACCAUCAUGUUAACGAUGAUGAAGCAAGAUGUGAUUGGGAAUUCACUCUCUCCGCCGUCAUUUCCUCCCCCGCCGGCAAUUCCGACGCCAUCGGGGUCGCAGAAUUCGACGACGGCGGCGCCUUCCUCGCCACCGGCGGCAUAGCGAGGAAGAUCCGAAUCUACGCGACGGAGACGUCGCUGAGAUCGGGCGCAUGCGACUUCUACAUCUGCGCCUCGGCCAAGCUCAGCAGCCUCAAAUGGCGCCCCGGGUCGGGCUCCCGGGUCAUCGGGUCGGGCGACUACGACGGCGUCGUGAUGGAGUACGACCUCGAGCGCCGCGUGCCCGUCUCCGAGCGCGACGAGCACGGCGGGCGCCGCGUCUGGGCCAUCGACUACUCCCGCUGGGGGCCCACCCUCGGCGCCUCCGCCUCGGACGACGGCACCGUCCAGCUGUGGGACCCCCGCAGCUGCGACCGGUCCGUCGCCGCGGUCCGGCCCGACCGGUCCGCCCGCAGCCCGGUCUGCUGCGUGGAGUUCAGCCCCUUCGGCGGGCCCCUCGUGGUGGCCGGGUGCGCGGACCGGCGCGUCUACGGGUACGACGUGCGGAGGGCGGCCGAGCCGGUGUUCGUGAUGGAGCGGCACGAGAAGGCCGUGACGUAUACCAAGUUUAUGGAUGCGCGGACGAUAGUGUCGUCGUCGGUGGACGGGAGCUUGGUGAUGUGGGAUGCGGAGGAUGGGCGUGUGAUUAGGACGUAUCGAGGGCAUGUCAACACGAAGAGAUUUGUAGGGCUGUCCGUUUGGAGAAACGGGGGAUUGCUGAGCUGCGGCUCCGAGAAUAACCGGGUUUAUGUGUAUGAUAGGAGAUGGGCCGGCCCGGUUUGGGUCAGAGGGCUGGAAACCGGUCCGAGGACCGGGUGUGAACCGGGUUUUGUAAGCAGCGUGUGCUGGCGCCAGACCGGAGAGGAGCGGUGCAUGCUGGUGGUUGGUGCUUCCGAUGGGAUGUUGCAACUAUUUGAGGGUGAAAGAAAAAGUGGGGAUGAUUCAUAAUUUGAUAUGAUACGUACUGUGCUAUAGGAUUAUUGGUAGUAUAAUUUUUCUUAUGUAUUUAGAAAGAGUUUUACACUUUGACAAGAAUUUAUACUUACGUUUUCAUCCUUAUUUGAUUUAAUUCACUAUUCAGAGUGUCCUACUAUUACUUAUUUUUAUUUCAUCAUUUUUAAUUA